AUGGCAACUGCACCUUCUUCUAUACCUUAUCGUCAAAUCCGAGCUCACUACAACGACGCUACGAUAGCAGUCUACCAAGCCUACAAAGAAUCCAUCGCCAAAGCCGCCGUAGAAUCACAAAAGCUCAAUGCAUCACCAGAUUUCAAACCAGGUCGCAUGACCUGGAUAAAGCCCAGUUGGGCCUGGAUGAUGUAUCGUGCAGGCUACUCAUAUAAAGACCCUGGCCAAUCCCAUAUUCUCGCUCUUCGUAUGAAGCAUGAACACUUCAUCAAUCUUCUUGAAAGAGGUGUGCUAUCAAGUCAUGCGCAAAAGUCCAACCCCGGAGAGAAACGUGAGAAGUCGAGCGAUGUGAGGAUUCAGUGGGAUCCUGAGCGGACAGCGAAGCUUGAAGUGUUACCAUAUAGAAGUAUUCAGAUCGGUAUUCCAGGAGCUCUGAGUGAACAAUGGACGAAUGAGUGGAUUGUGGAGAUCGAGGAUGUCACAGACAAAGCGCGUGAGUUGAAGAGAGUGAUCGACGAGCGACCUGAUAUCACCAGCGAGGAGCUCAUGGUGCUGGGGCUGGUAUUUGACGAGAGGCCUUAUGAUGUAUCAGAGUCAGUACAUACCAAGCUUGAGAUGACUUAG